ACUGACUGUAAUGAUAGGGACGAUAUAGGUUACCCGGGUAGUCAUUAUCGCGUGCCUGGUGGCUUAUUUACCUCCCCCAACAAAGCCGGCAGGUAACGUUCAGCUGAAUUCCAAAUUUUGGGUGAGGUUCAUUCACCGGGAGGUUGGGCAGAGUCGAAGAAUCUGUCAACCACUUUUUUCUGUUCCAUUAGAAAUGGCCCCCCAAAAGAAAGAAACGAAAGCACAGAACAAAGGUCCUCAGGGCCUGAUCAAGGCUUACCUUAUGGCCUACAAUCAAAUCUCUUUCUUGGGAUGGUCUUGGAUUCUUGUAUUGGCCAUCAAGGAACUUGUUGAAAACGACUUCAACUACACUGGUGUCUUCAAUGCUGUCUGGAAGUACCUUCCUGCUGUCCAAACGGCUGCUGCCCUUGAAAUCAUCCACGCUGCUCUAGGCUGGGUUAGAUCCUCCGUGGCAACUACCUUCACGCAAGUUUUGUCUCGAGUGUUUCUCGUUUGGGGUGUCAACUUCCUUUUCCCUGAGAUCCACACUCACUGGUCGUUCACCACCAUGGUAGUCUCUUGGUGCAUUGCUGAAUGUGUUCGUUACGCCUACUAUUUCUUCAACUUAGCUGGCGGUGUGCCCAGCAUCGUUAACUGGCUUCGUUAUACCUUGUUCUUUGUCCUAUACCCCACUGGAGCUGGAUCAGAGGUUCUCAUGAUGUAUGUCAGUUUGCCAUACGCAAAGGCUUGGAAUGAGUACUAUUACUACCUCUUGAUUGUCCUCAUGUUGGUCUACAUUCCUGGUCUCCCAAUUAUGUAUGGCCAUAUGAUUGGACAGAGAAAGAAGUACCUCAAAGCACAAAAGGAGAAGAAGACCCAGUAAUCGUUAUAUAUAGAGAACGUAAAUGUUGCCAUAUUUUUGG